AUGCCAAUCUCCAAGGAUCAGUUUAAAGCUUGUAUGCUCCUAAGUGCUGUGGGAGAUGCCUUGGGCUACAAAAAUGGCAAUUGGGAAUUUUGUCAUUCAGGGGAAGCUAUCCACGAUGAGUUGCUUGAGCUUGGAGGAAUUCAGAAAAUUGACAUAAAAGGAUGGAUGGUGAGCGAUGACACUGUGUUACACCUGGCAACAGCGGAAGCUUUGGUGUCAACUUGGGCAACUCGUGAAGAACUUUUUACUCAAAUUGCCUCUUUGUACAAAGAAAGUAUGGUAAGCAUAAAUCAUUUAAUAAGCAAAUAUAUGAUUUAUCGUUCUAAUAGAAUUAUACCUUCACUUAUCCCUGUCAGAAAAAUCCUUGAGCAUAAUUAUUAUCUUUCUGAAUGGUAGUAUCAAAAAUGAAGACCCCCAAAACGAAGACCGAAGACCAAAGACCCCUUUGAAAACGAAGACCCACUCGAAAAUGAAGACCCCCUCUACUCGCAGACGAAGACUCCCUCGUAAAAGAAGACCCACUUAAAAACAAAGACCCACGCAAAAACCCAAUCGAUGCAUAAAGUCUUGAACAGACAAUCAACCAGGAUCAAAUCAAAUCAAACACCAUUAACUCACAUAAGACCACAAAAUAGUUAAAAGAUAAGUGAACUUAAUUAUCUGGCUUACAGUUAAUGAUCAUGCCCUGGAUGCAAAGUUCCGAAUUUUAUGAAGCAUUUUCCGACAUCAGCCGUUGAAAAUUAGGAUAUCGUUUACGUCACGGGCUUGUCCUCCCACAGAUAGGCCAAAGAUGGGCUGCCGUUGGGUGACUGGGGGCCAAAUGACCUGAAAAAGGGUGUUUUAUGUGUUUUGUCAACCUACUCUAGUAGUUUAUCAAAGCAUCUCUAUAGCCAUCCAGAAAUGAGAAAUUACUUCAAAAAGUAUUCAUUCCAAAAUGUUUGGUCUACAUUUUAUUUACUUUAAUAGGAAUAGUAGGAUUAGAUAUAGGUGUAUACAGUCCAGAGCUUUUUCACUUUUGGAAAUGUUUUGAUCUGCGAACCAAGACGAGCAAUUACCCAACCACGGAGCAAAUUUGGAGUCACAUGACGUGAGGCUUGUCUUCAUUUCUGUAUGACCAAGUCAAUACAAGCAUAUGCUAUGAAAAAAUUCAGAUAUGAAAGGAAGUUAUGAACCCUUUCAUUACUUGCUGGGAUGAACUGUUUGCAGAAAAAGAGAAAUGUGUCAUUAAUAUCUGUUUGCAUGCGCUAAAUAGCAAUAGAGCGGACCGAUCUCCGGAGCUUCUAUCUGUACUGUCCACUGGGAGUUAUUUCACACUGGCCUCAGUAGCCAGGAAGGAUAUCAUAGUUCACUUUAUUAAAGCAAACUUUGUGAAGACAAAACUCUAAUCAUUAUGGUAGGGAUGAACUGUUUGCAGGAAUAUAACUUUAAUAUCCUUUAGUGAGGAUUUCAGUCGCAACGAAGCCAUGUGAAGAUUUCAUGUGGGCCCAGCGUGACAAAACUUAGCAGGGAUUUUAUCACAUUCACAGACCAAGAAACAAGUAGUUAUUCCGAUCCAGACAUUUCAGAGAAAUCUAAAGAAACUAAAACCUUUAUAUAAACAUUAAUUUAGCCAAAAUAGAAAGCUUUAAUGCUUUAAAAGAGGUCAAAGAAAAUGCUAAACCUCUGCAACCAGGGUCAAUCAAAGACUGCAGGAAAUCAAUAUGCGUGAAACCCAGCUUCAUGACCUCUAAAUGUGAGACAACUGGAAAAAAACUAAAUACUAGCUCAGUCAAAGUUAAGAAUCCCUAACAGCAUAAUUUACCUGCUUUACCCAGUGUUUUAACAUGAGGUGAAAGUCGUCAAGCCAGUCUACCACACUACCAACGCCUUCAGGUUUUUCACUGCAGUAAGUAAAAUAUUUCCAGAGAUAACAUGUAAAAGGUCAAUACAAUACUGAUCUCCCAUUGCUAUUGGCAGUUGUAGUAUAGUGCUUAUUCAGUGAAUGAAGCUGGGAGAAAACGCUUGAUAUCGUCCAAAAUUUAAGACAUCUUUUAUUUGCUAGCCUCUUAGAAGGCAGUCAUUUUGCCACAGAUGAUUGCUUCACGAAAAACUCUCGUGGCCCGUCUAACAGAACUGUGGCCCAUCUCCAUGUUUCACAUGAAACAACUAGAAAACCUCGAGAAUAUCCAGAGGAUAUUUUUAAGACCUGAAAAAAUUUUUCACGAGAGAUAUUCCAAAAGGGAAAUGAUUUAUUGUUCAAAAGAACGCGUAAAAUUGACACAAUACAUGAAAAGAAAAAUCUCGCCUUCUCUAAUACUUCAAAUCCAUGGUUCGUCAUCUUUUGCACAAGUCUUCUACCAUUUCAUCUUUGUUGCUGUAUUACUAAAUAGCAAGCAAAGACUGCCAGAAAAACGCGAAACACAACAGGUUUCCAUGCCAAUUCGAAUCGACUUGAGGAUGCUUCUAACCUGCCAUAAUGUGAUGUCAAGCUAUUGCUUCACACAUGUCCAAAAGUGGAAAAGCUUUGGACUGGUAUAUGGUUUAUCCCAUCCCUAAAUCGGGUUACUGCCAAAACUGUAGUGUAACACUGAUAGCAAGAUAACAUUUGUCAAGAGUUUUUUUUACAAAUAUUUUAAGUUUUCUUUCAUUGUAUCUCUAACCUUCUUAUUCUCAGAGGUUAUUGAAUAUAUAACCAUGUUGACAACACAAUGGUGGACAGGAAAAUACCCUGGCAUAGGCUGGUCACGUGUCCAUCUUACACCCUUAUAAAAAAGGCAGAAGCAUAAUUUCGCUUUUGAGUGGGUCUUUGUUUUCUGGGUCUUCGUUUUCGAUACAACCUUUUCUGAAUGCAGCAUUGACUUGUUAGUCUGUGGGCAUAUCUCUAACUUUUGUCCCCAUAAUACAGAAAAAUAAAAUCUAAGUGUUUGGCAGCGAUGCAUGUAAAAUACAAAUUAUUGCUAUGAUCUGCAUGCUAGCUUUUCAAAAAGUAACCCUGUUCUAAUGGAUGCCACAUCUUCUCCAUAGACUAUAUAUUUUUAACUUCUUAGAAAUGGAUUACAUGUACCCUCAUAAAUAAUCUAAUGGCUAAUAUUACGGUUCUGGAGUUAAAGGUUGGGGGGGGAAUCAGAGAGCCAGAGCCUCAGCUAUCCCAGAGCCAUCAGGCUUCCUAGUCUGUGGGAUGAGACUCUCAGGACGUUGAAUUUUUUCCUGCAGAAAUCCCGCCAUGAACAAGUUUUGUCCAUGUAAGUAAUCUUGCUUUACAUGUAAGUGAGCUUUGAAUAACGAAUAACAUGAAUAACAGAGCUUCUCAUUGUUUUCUUUCUACAAAACAGUAUUUUUAAUUAAAUGACAAGUCCUCAGUUUUCUUGCAAACUUCUCCAUUUGGACACCAUUUCUUCAGUAAGGAAAUUAAAGCGACCAGACAAUAAAAAACCUUAUAUUAUUCUAGUGCCUUCAGAGUCUCUCCCACUAAACACCUACUGAUCAAGAAGCCUCAGGACUCUGUGUAUGACUCUGUGAGCCUCUCUAUGGGUACCUGCGGAUGUCCAUUUCAUUGUGCGUCUUCCCUCAAAUAAUCAGUUUUUUAGGCAAAGUUGUCAUAUAUCAAGAAUUUUUUUUUGCGCGGUAAUGCAACUAGCGAGCUCAGGCAACCACAACGAUGACGGAAACGAUAAACUAAGCCAAAAAAACUCUGAAUGUGCAGCAGGCAUUUUGGCUGGUUUCUUUGCCUUUAUUGCAUGACUAAUUUUGUCAAACUUGAUUGAAAUGGCAAUGCGAUCAUUGUUUUAAUCUGUAGGAUUGUCGCUUCAUCAAUGAUGAUUGUUGCAACUUUGAUUUUGUCGGAAAUACCCAUACAGAGGCUCACUUUCUCUCUGAUCAUAUGUUUUAUUAAUUAUUGAAAUUGCAUGCCUCUAACCUGUAUAUGACUGAAAUGAUCUAGUUUCCAUUUCUUGACAAAAAUGUACUCUGUUAUCAACCAGUGAUGUUAGCUGCAAGGUGGACUGAAGAAAAUUUUGGAAAAUACCUUUCUUAAAAAAUGUCUUUUCAGAGAGACAUGGUUGGACGAGCACCAGGAAAUACAACAUUAUCAAAUUGUGCAAAACUUCGACCAGGUCGGCCAGAUGGUUAUGUGGUGCCAUUUAAUCCCCGAGGGGGUGGCUGUGGGGCUGCCAUGCGCUCCAUGUGUAUUGGUUUAUUGUAUCACUCCCCUGAGAAACUUGAUGAUUUGAUUGUCGUUAGUGUUGAGAGUGGAAGAAUGACACACAACCACCCAACAGGUACUUUUGUCACUUUUAUACCUUUUAAAUUAUUUCCCCUUGCCCUAUAAAUGUCAUUCCUAGAGAUCAAAAUCCAAAAAAUUCUCACUAUAUACAGGCAUCACGAUUUGUUUUUGAAAAUCAUGGGGAGAUGGUAGUAUUCAGUACAGACAAAAUGUCCUGAUUUUUAAACAGAUUCCUCACUUUGAACAGAAAAAGUGUGAGAAGAAUAGUGCAAAGAAUUGUUUGUUGAAGCUUCAGUUAAGAGUGAAAUAAAACUUGAGGGCCUUAACAGGGAUGCUGCAAAACCUAAACCUACACUAGUGGUAAUAGACAAUAUUCAUCUCACCUGACAACAGUCAGGUUUUUAUAUUUCAACACUGCUUUACUAGUCAGCAAUGUCAGCCAGGUUUUGUUGGAUUUAAGUGUUGUUUGCUGGACUAAUUAAUUCCUGCAAGAGUGCUUCCUCCUCAGCAGCUAAGCUGAAAUGAAUUAAGGAGCACUGAACGUCAUGAAAAAGUACAAAAUAAUAAUGUUUUACUGUACAUGAUUAAGUGAAUCAAGAAAAUCUUUGCUGGGUUGAUUGGUAGUUUUUGAAAAGAAAGCUUCAAAAAUUAUUCCUUUUACAUCUUGACAUGAAUGAAUGCCUUAUUUUUAAUGGGAUUAUUAAUGAAUGUGUACUGUUGGUAAGGCCCAGUCAACUCUCUCAGUGGAUACCUCUAUAGGAUGGACACCUCCCUAAAACUGACACAUAGACUUGGUCCCUGCCUUUCUUUACUCCUCUUAGUCAACUCUCUAUAGCAUGGACACAAAAUGUCAGUCCUAAAGGUGUCCAUAAGAGAGGGUUGAGUGUGCUUAGUCUGUGCGCCUUUACCCGCAUUGGCAUUUAUUGUGCGGAAGUCAGUACAGUGAAGGUAAUGAUAUUAUAAUAAUUAUAAACAUUACCAUUAACAAUUAUUGUUAAUGGCAGGUUACCUUGGAUCCCUUGCCUCAUCUCUGCUCACUGCAUUUGCUAUUCAAGGAAGACCUAUCAGGGAGUGGGGUGCAGGUCUUUUGUCCACUCUCCCAAAAGCCUUGAGGUACAUCAAAGAGGCUGGACGGAAUGUCAAGGAGAAUGAAGACCACUGGUCUUAUUUCUCUGAUUCAUGGACUGCUUAUCUGACAACAAGGGGAAUCCUCCAUGGUGACAGUGAUCCUGUUUUCCCUCAGCCUUACUCUGUCAGAGAACGUGAUGUAUUUUACAAAUCCGUGAGCUUUCGCCAGGGUUGGGCUGGGGCUAGUGGUCAUGAUGCCCCUAUGAUUGCUUAUGAUGCACUUCUAGGAGCUGGAGCAUCCUGGGAAGAGCUUUGUAGCCGAGCCAUGUUCCAUGGUGGUGAUAGUGAUAGCACAGGUGUUAUAGCAGCAGCUUGGUGGGGAGUGUUGUAUGGUAUGGAUGGGGUUCCGAAACCUAACUAUGAAAAGUUAGAAUACAGAGAUAGGAUCGAAAAGGUGGCAGAGGAACUUUUUGUAAAGGCUGAAAGGCUGACUUAG